UUAGUUUAAGAUCCAAUGGGUCACCAUUCUUGCUGCAACCAGCAGAAGGUCAAGAGAGGGCUCUGGUCCCCCGAGGAGGACGAGAAGCUCAUCCGCUACAUCACCACCCACGGCUACGGGUGCUGGAGCGAAGUCCCCGAGAAAGCAGGGUUACAAAGAUGUGGGAAGAGCUGUCGUUUAAGGUGGAUAAAUUAUUUAAGACCAGACAUUAGAAGAGGGAGAUUUACACCAGAAGAGGAGAAGCUCAUCAUCAGCCUUCAUGGGGUUGUUGGAAACAGAUGGGCUCACAUAGCAAGUCAUCUUCCCGGAAGAACGGAUAAUGAGAUAAAAAACUACUGGAAUUCAUGGAUYAAGAAGAAGAUUCGAAAGCCCAACUCUGUAUCUUCCACUGUCACCGCCGCCRCCACCACCGCAGCAAAUAACACCGAGCAUUCCCAACUAAGUUCUUCUAAUCCCCACCAACUCAAUUUCCUUACUCAAGACCUAACAACCAAACACCUCUCCCUCCAUCGAGAAACCCUAUUUCCAAUUCCCGCGGUUUCCUGCCCCGGCCUCUUCAUGUUCGACACAUCCUCUCAAGAAAUGUUCCACGACUCAUUAAAUCUCAAUUCGGAUGCUACUUGGCACAUGAAUCACCACCACCAGUUUCCCACAGCAGUGCUCGGCGGCCCUCAAAUGGGGCUGACCGCAGUGGCUGCUGCGGCCGCCACGAGUAAUUAUUUGCCACCGUUGAUAGACAACAUUGAGAGCUUGGUGGCGAUGGAUGAUGAAGGAGAAAUGGCAUUACAGUGCUUGCAAAGGCAGGAGCUGAACGAGUGGGUGGUCGAGUCGACUCAGCCACAGAACUCAAAUUUUCUUUUCUGGGAAAAUGUUGAAGGAUCUCUUGGUGGGGAAGAAAUCAUAGCACCACCUUCAAAUUCCGCCAUUGGAGGAGGAGGAGAAGGAGUURAUUCAUUAUCAUCUUCUAAUUUCCCUUCAUCUCUGAUCAUUUCCGAGAAAAACCGCAGAGAGAUCUCCAAGUACCUCUUUCAAGAGGGAGUUUGCUAUGCCAAGAAGGACUACAAUCUGGCCAAGCACCCAGAAAUCGAUGUGCCAAAUUUGCAAGUGAUUAAGCUGAUGCAGAGCUUCAAGUCUAAGGAGUAUGUGCGCGAGACAUUUGCCUGGAUGCAUUACUACUGGUACCUCACGAACGAUGGCAUUGAGUUUCUGAGGACUUACCUGAAUCUCCCUUCGGAGAUUGUCCCGGCUACCUUGAAGAAACAAGCCAAGCCGGCUGGUCGACCAUUUGGCGGCCCAUCUGGAGACCGCCCACGUGGCCCUUCGAGAUUUGAUGGGGAAAGAAGAUUUGGUGACCGGGAUGGCUACCGUGGUGGUCCUCGUGGACCUGGUGGUGAUUUUGGUGAUAAGGGUGGAGCCCCUGCUGAUUACAGACCUUCAUUUGGGGGUCCUGGUGGAAGGCCUGGCUUUGGCCGUGGAGCUGGUGGCUAUGGUGGAGCACCUGCACCCUCAAAUCUUGAAUGAGAGAACAUCAUAGGUUUACGGUCUGAGUGUUUUUGUUAGUUUUAGUUUCCAAACAAAAUGAACGGAAGAUGUUCAAUUAAACUUAUGAGAUGAUAUCAGUUUUGUUUGCCUAUAAUUAAUUGUCGGAUCUUUGAUUGCUGAAAGUUUGUUUGAAGUCCCUCCAUUUGCAGAUCCCAAAAUUUAGUCUCACUAUUUUUAGAAAAUGAAGUUAUCGAAGCUAAUGUUAGAAGUUGCAUUCUACUUCAUUGCCAGUAUCAUCUAUUUCAAACUUGUCUGUUCUGGAUA